AUGUCGAAACCCGAUUUCUACAAGAUCCUGAAUAUCGCACAAGAUGCGACCCAACAACAAAUUCGCAAUGCCUAUAAGAGGGAAUCGCUGAAAUCCCACCCCGAUCGAGUCCCCGCCGACUCACCCGAGAGACCUGCGCGCACACGAAAGUUCCAGGACAUCAACGAUGCCUACUACACACUAUCAGACCCUGCACGCCGGCGAGAGUACGACGCCACCCGCGCAUACGAGGAAGAGGAAGCAGAAGAGGAAGUACCACCGACUGCCGGUAGCUUCCCUUGGUCGAGCUUUGGAUUCGGCGGAGACCGCGAGCACCGUGACAGCGACCAGUUUGGGUCUGUGUUUGAAGAGAUGUUGCGCGAAGAAGGUCUCGCCGAGGAUAGAGAUGGAGGGUCUCGUCCAACCGGUCGGUUCUGGGCACUGGUUGGCGGAGCUAGCGGUGGUGCCUUGGGCUUUAUUGUUGGCAAUUUGCCUGGUGCGCUGGCUGGCGCUGUUGCGGGUAAUCGUAUCGGUGCAGUUCGCGAUGCUAAGGGCAAAAGUGUCUAUGAGGUUUUCUUGGACCUUCCAACGCCGGAUCGGACGCGACUCUUGAGUGAGCUUGCAGCUAAGGUGUUCCGGUCUACUAUGGGGCAGUGA